CUCAAUCCGGGCCCUUCCCGAAACCGUUUCACACUAUAACACUAAAGCGUUGUUAUAGAAACCGAAAUCAGAAGAAGUCUUUUCAUUCUCUGCGUCGUUCGAGAUCCCUAGCUUUGUCACCCAGGAAGUUGAGAAAUGCCUGCGCAGAAGGUUGAGACUGGUCACCAGGACACUGUCCACGAUGUGGUCAUGGAUUACUACGGCAAGCGCCUGGCCACAGCUUCGUCGGACAACACCAUUAAGAUAGUGGGAGUGAGCAACUCGGCCUCGCAACAUCUUGCGACCCUGACUGGUCACCAGGGACCUGUUUGGCAGGUUGCUUGGGCUCACCCGAAAUUCGGGUCUUUACUUGCUUCUUGUUCUUAUGACGGGCGUGUCAUUCUGUGGAAGGAAGGCAAUCAGAACGAGUGGACACAAGCCCAUGUUUUUGAUGACCACAAAUCGUCUGUCAACUCCAUUGCUUGGGCUCCUCAUGAACUCGGUCUCUGUUUGGCUUGUGGUUCUUCCGAUGGGAAUAUCUCGGUUUUCACUGCCAAAGCAGACGGUGGUUGGGAGACCACAAAGAUCGACCAAGCUCACCCAGUUGGUGUAACAUCUGUUUCCUGGGCUCCCUCAACAGCUCCUGGUGCUCUUGUUGGCUCUGGUCUGCUUGACACUGUUCAGAAGCUGUGUUCUGGUGGUUGUGAUAACACUGUAAAGGUCUGGAAGCUUACUAAUGGUGUUUGGAAAAUGGACUGUUUUCCAGCUCUUCAAAUGCAUGUUGAUUGGGUUAGGGAUGUUGCUUGGGCACCUAACUUGGGACUACCAAAAUCUACUAUUGCCAGUGCAUCACAGGAUGGGAAAGUUAUUAUCUGGACUGUGGCCAAGGAUGGGGAUCAAUGGGAAGGUAAGGUGCUGCAUGAUUUCAAGGCACCUGUUUGGAGGGUCUCAUGGUCACUCACCGGGAACAUAUUGGCCGUGGCUGAUGGGAACAACAGCGUGACAUUGUGGAAGGAAGAAGUUGAUGGGGAGUGGCAACAGAUACCUAAUGCGGAAUAUGGACUUCAAGAACAGCCGAGAGCUCAUCUAAUUUAUUAGAGGCACCUGGAGGUCCUUAAUGUUUCAUUCCUUUAGUUGACAUAUAGUGGGUGUGAGUGUGACCCCUCUUCAUUAGAUUUCUCAUUCUGAACUUUAUUGAGGCAGGUGAAUGGAAUUGCUUUACUUAUUGACAAUUCAUCAUCAAUUGAGAAUCCCUUUGAAAAUGAAUUAUCUGAAGUGAGAUCGUAUCAAAUUAUUUGGAUUGCUCAA